AUGUCUAUGUCCAUGAAGGCAUCCUCCAACCCUCUCGGGUCCAUGAUUGGGAUUCAGCCUUCCAACAACCUUUUGAUUCUCCUUGUUCUCACCGCGAUCUGCAUCGUGGUGCCUCUCGACCUGACUCAACUCAUCUUCGCUUGCCUCGGAGCAUUCUGCUAUUAUGUGGUGCAGCUGCUCCAGCGAACGGUGUCCUUGCCAGCCAGUGGCACGAAGAAGCUCAAAGCCUGCACUGCACCAGACUCCGACUCUUCCAGUGAGCGUCCCAUCCGUGAGGUGCGCAAGCCGAAGCGGAUCCCGACGACGAGGAAGCCAGGCACCCACGUUGAUACCCAAGCUCAGACACCAGCAGUACCAAUCGUCGCUCCCAAGUUUGAAGGACACAGCCUCCAAGAAGAGGUUCAGGAACUGGUGUCGCAGAUCAUGCCCACGGCCGCCAGCCAGCGCGGAGUGGACCGGUUGGCUGAGGCCAUUCGUGUGAUGCUGGCAAGCAGCCUUCCAGAGGUGGAGGUGGUUGGAUUUGCCAGCAGCGACCUUUCUCGUGGCCGUGCCAACGGUGUUGCCGUGCCCGAUGUGGACAUUGUCAUCAACGUCCGCCCGGACCGCGUGUCACCAAAGGUUGCCUCACGUCCGGCCAAGGUCUCCACGGAUCCCCGUAUGCUGCAAAAGUGGGCGCUGCGUCAUUGUGCCGAUCGUCUCGUCUCUGCUGGUGGAUUCAAGUUUCGACGCUCGGGCUUUCGCGGGAACGAGCCAAAGAUGACUUUGCUGGUGCCCAGCGAGCUGGGCAUCUUCAAUCAGGCCGUCCCCAUUGACAUUGCUGUGAAUGCUGUGUCGCCGCUGCAUAGUGCGGCCUUGCUUACAGAGUGUGGCAACAUCAGCCCUCGCAGCAAGGAGCUGAUUCUGCUGAUCCGCCGUUGGGCCAAAGACAGGGGUGUGUGCCAUGCCCCUAAGGGCCACCUGUCGCCUUACGUGUGGAGCCUGUUGGCGGUGUAUUACCUUCAGGUGGCGGAACGGUCUGAAGGGGCCCUUCUGCCACCCGUGGAGGAGUUUGAGGCCAUUGCACAUCUCCUCCCUGACCGCGGUGCCAAGAAGACCUGGCAAGCCAAGGAGGAGGCAAUGAACGUCCCAGUGUCGCAGCUGCUUCGUGGCUUCAUGCAGUUCUACAACAAUUUCCCAUGGAAGCAACAGGCCAUCUGCGUUCUCAAGGGUGUUGCAGGACCGGCCCCGCUUUCUUUGCCGAUAAAUCUCAUUGAGCAUGAUGACGGCAAAACUGUGGAGUGCGGGCCCAACAUCGAAGAUCCUUUUGCGCCGAAGACCAACCUUGGAAGCAGCAUGACCUGGUGGAGCUUUCAGCGAUUGCGAGAGGAGCUAGCAAGGGCAACUUCUCUCUUGACCGAGGAGCACGCGCUUGAACCUGAGCUCAUUGCAUUGGGUUUUGGACUUGAGAUUAAACGCUCUCUCUCUUCCAAUUAA